AUGUUUGGGCGCAGGGGCCUCAGCGUGGCGCGGAGCUACCCGGGGACCUGGCUGCUGGGCGGCCUUUGGGUCUGGGGACUGUGUGGCUUCUGCGGGCUGGAGGCCGCGGCGCUCUGGGCCCAGGGCUCCAUAGGGACCCCGCGCCCGUGCCAGGCGCCCCAGCAAUGGGAGGGGCGGCAGGUUCUGUACCAGCAGAGCACUGGCCGCAACAGCCGCGCCCUGCUGUCCUACGACGCGCUCAACCAGCGCGUGCGGGUGCUGGACGAGAGGAAGGCGCUCAUCCCCUGCAAGAGAUUAUUUGAAUACAUCCUCCUCUAUAAGGAUGGAGUUAUGUUUCAGAUUGAACAAGCCACCAAACAGUGCUCAAAGAUGACCCUGACUAUCCCCUGGGAUCCUCUGGACAUUCCUCAGAACUCUACCUUUGAAGAUGAAUACUCCAUAGGAGGCCCUCAGGAGCAGAUAAUGGUCCAGGAGUGGUCUGAUCGGAAAUCUGCCAGAGCAUAUGAAACCUGGAUUGGCAUUUAUACAGCCAAGGAUUGUUAUCCUGUGCAGGAAACUUUCACCAAAAAUUACAGUGUGCUCUUAUCCACCCGGUUCUUCGACAUCCAGCUGGGGAUUAAAGAUCCCUCCGUGUUUACGCCACCGAGCACGUGCGAGACAGCCCUGACAGAGAGGAUGAGUGAAGACUGCUCCCUGUGA